CAACGGCAGACGAUUACCAAAAAAGUCAGUUUGGUUGAAACCAGAUAGAAUGGUGAUCACGCAUGAUUUCAUGUUUAGCGCUGGGCGGGUUUAUUUUGGCACUGCUACCGCAGCUGGUUGGGUCAUUUUUUCGAGUGAUGGCUUUGAAAGAGAUCGUUGUGAUUUUCGCGAUGGCGUUCAUUGCAUUGAACGCUGCACCCGUUGAUGACAGCUCCGCGGCAACCAUCGUUCGCCAGGAGUUCGUGAGAACUGAUGAUGGCUAUAGAUUUGAGUAUGAAACAAGUGAUGGACAAACCAGACAAGAGGAAGGAAAACUCGUGACGGAUGCCGAUGGAAAGCAAUAUAUGAAGGUACACGGAUCAUUCAGUUACAUUGGUCCUGACGGAAACACCUACUAUGGCAGCUAUGAAGCGGAUAAGGAUGGAUACCAGUUUACGCCCACUGAGCCAUCUGUCGGUAUUCCAAACAGUGCGCUACUGUCAUUGGUGGGUUGAUGUGAUGAGAUGAA